AUGUCUUUCAAGGAUCUUGUCGAGCCGGAAUGUGGAGGAGCGAACCCCUUGAUGAACCUUGGCCGUCAGGUACGGCGGGACGUUGCCCUACAGGAUGAAGGUCUGGCGGGUGGACGUAGUUCGUUUGCCGGAGCAGAUCGUGAGCUCGUGAAGGAAUACAUGGACCAAAUUGCGCCGGGUCCGCAAACCUUCCGGAUGGAUGAGCUGUUGAAGGAGAUGCGCGAAAUCGAUGCUCACAAUCAUCGGCAGCAGCAAAUGGUUGGCGUGGGUCGUUCGAUUGAUAUGGUAGGGCCGGGUGGAGCCUGGGCAGAGGAGUUUCGUGCUGAUGCCGCACGCCCGCGAGAGGAAAGCAAGUUAUCGAGUGUUUGGUCACAAUCGCACUUGCCACCAAUACAUGCAAAUUUGCGGGAUACAACGGAGCAGCAACAACCCACCGUGCGACAGGCGGCCAGUGACUUUAUGUAUCAAGCGUAUCCCGGACAAAUGUACAAUCCUAACAUAAGGCAGAGUGAGUUCGUACGUUUUAUGGGUAAUGUAAGUGCCGGGAACGUUCGGAUCAACGACGGCAGUGUCCAAGUGUCGAAUACUGUAUGGGAGAAUCGAUUCGACGAGCUGGAAGCGAGUUCUUCCAAAGGCAAAGUAGAGCAGCAAGAGAGUAAACCGGAUGAAGCCUCUAAGCAGGACGAUGAUUGGGCUAAGGCGUUUGUGGAUGGGACGCAGGAACAGGACGAAGCCUCGGAUAAUUACAACAAGCAAUUUUGGGAGCGACUGCAAGACGAAUGGCGAACACUGUCUGAAAGCGAAGGCAAACAUCCGUGGCUGUCCGAGUUUAAUGAUUUUUACGAUCCCUUCAAGGAAUACAAAUUCGAUGAAGAAAAUCCAAUGACCGACGUGGAGAAUGCGUUCGAGAAAGGGAAAGCUUUCCUCGAACAGGGUGACAUACCGAGUGCGGUCCUUUGCUUCGAAGCAGCCGUCAAACAGGAUCCGGAAAAUCCGGAAAUUUGGGAACAGCUUGGCUUUUCGCAGGCCGAGAACGAAAAGGAUCCGAAUGCGAUCGCUGCAUUUAACAAAGCACUUUCGUUCAAUCCGAACAACAUGCCGGUGCUGAUGGCACUUGCCAUUUCGUACACGAACGAGAUGCUGCAAAACAACGCCCUACGGAUGCUGGUCCGUUGGAUGAAGUGUAACCCGAAGUACGAACAUCUGGUACCACCGGAAAUGCUUCAGGCGCAGGAUUCUCCGAUGGGAAGCUCGUUGAUGGGUGGACCGAAGUUGAAGGAUGUGCAAGACCUCUUCAUAAAGGCAGUUCAGCAAUCGCCAACGGAAAUCGAUGCAGACAUACAGGAAGCGCUAGGCGUACUGUUCAAUCUGUCCUCGGAGUAUAACAAAGCGGUCGAUUGUUUCAAUGCCGUGCUGCAGGUAAGGCCGGAAAGUUCCAAAGCCUGGAAUAGGCUCGGUGCCAGCCUGGCUAACGGGAAUCGUUCACUGGAAGCGGUCGAUGCGUAUCAGCGUGCACUCGCCUACCAUCCCGGGUUCAUCCGGGCACGGUUUAAUGUUGGCGUGAUUUGCGUCAAUCUGAAAGCGUACAAGGAAGCGGCCGAACAUCUGCUGACAGCGCUAAACCUUCAGGCUAAUUCGGCCGUUCGUUCGGGGUUGAAGGUACAAUCUAUGUCGAAUCAAAUGUCUAGUGCAAUUUGGAGCUUGCUGCGCAUGGUGCUGUCGCUAAUGAAUCGAAACGAUCUGCAUACGGCCGUCGACAAUCGGGAUCUUGAGGUGCUGAAUCGCGAGUUUCCGAUGAGCAACGACUAACGGCCGGGUGAUUGGUGUCGUCACGGG